CGAAGAUGCGCAGCCAUCGUAGAUGUACGCGCAUUCUCGGUCACGUGAUUGCAAAUUCAAAUGAACUUUGAGGCGGCUACUAUAUAUUUUGUAGCGCGAGGACGCUUUCACAUGGAGUCUGGUAUACACGAAUUUCACAUUCACAAAAAAUAUAAUUGCAUGCAUGAACAGAAACGAAAUGGAAUGUCCGGCAAGUAUAAAAAAACUUGACGAAACUGUCGUCAAUCUCAUCGCUGCAGGUGAAAUUAUUCAGAGACCAGCGAAUGCUUUGAAAGAGCUGAUUGAAAAUAGUCUCGAUGCCAAAGCAACGAAUAUUCAAGUAUUUGUUAGGGAAGGAGGAAUGAAGCUUCUACAGGUUGUAGACAAUGGCACUGGCAUCCGCAAGGAUAAUUUAGACAUUGUAUGCGAACGUUUUACAACCAGUAAGCUACAAACUUUUGAUGAUCUCAAGUCUAUUUCAACUUUUGGUUUCCGUGGCGAAGCCCUGGCGAGUAUCAGUCAUGUAUCGUACUUUACAAUAACAACCAAGACAAAAGCUGAAAAGUGUGCUUACAAAGCAUCAUACUCAAGAGGUAAAUUGAAAGAACCUCCAACUCCUUGUGCUGGUAAUCAAGGAACAAUAAUCACUGUGGAGAAUUUAUUUUAUAAUGUAUCAAUACGCAAGAAAGCUUUGAACAGCUCAUCUGAAGAACUGUCCAAAAUUCUGGAAGUGGUUACUAGAUAUGCUGUUCACAAUCCUAGCGUAGGAUUUACCCUGAAGAAAUAUGGUGAAGCAGUAAAUCUUAUUCGUACUCCAUGUUCAUCAACAAAUAUUAGUAAUAUUCGACUUCUUUUUGGAACUGCAAUUGCUAAAGAGCUUUUGGAAGUAAAAUUAGACGAUGCUAAACAUAAAUUUAAAUUACACGCACUAGUGACCAAUGCAAAUUAUAUUUCUGGUAAAAGAAUGACGCUUUUAUUAUUCAUCAAUCAUCGUUUAGUCCAUUCCUCUGCAAUGAAAAGAACUCUUCAAGAUAUGUAUUCAGUAUACCUGCCAAAAAAAGCUUAUCCUUGGUGUUAUAUUUCUUUAGAGAUAGAGCCUCAAAAUGUUGAUGUUAACGUACAUCCAACAAAAAAUGAAGUGAGAUUUCUCCACGAAGAAGCAAUUAUUAAAAAAAUUAAAAUCCUUCUUAAUGAAAAAUUGCAAUAUGAAUUUCCACAAGAUGGUUUCACAGAGAAAGCUCUUGAUAAAAGUUUUCCUUGUUCUCAAGAACAGGCAGAUAAAAAGAAAACGAAAAAGAUUUUUGCAAAAGAUAUGAUCAGAACUAGUAAUUCAGAUCAAAAACUCGAAAAGUUCAACUUUACUGUCAAUAAAAAUGAUUUGAAAAGUACUGAGCCAGAAAAAAAUGAAAAACUUGAUAUUGACACCAUGGUAUUGUUGAAAGAUAAGGAUCCAUUGGAUGAAGCUUCAAGUUCUUCAAAAAAUCCUGACUAUACUUUUGAUACUUCAAUUAAAAUAAAUCAAAAUGAAGUUUCUAGAAGAACGAUCAAUAAAGAAAAUUUAUCUGAAUUAGAAUCUUUGAAAUCAGUAGACGAAAGAAAAGUGGAGACAACAUUUUCAAGUAUAAUAUUAAAAUUGCAAAAAGAAGUUGAAGAUAAUUCUGAUGAGAGAUUACGUGGAAUCAUUUCAAAUUUAAUUUUUGUUGGUUGCAUUGAUCAGUGCUCAGCUCUAAUACAAAGUGGCGCUAAUUUAUAUAUCUGCUUGACUGAAAAACUUGUUGAAGAAGUUUUUUAUCAAAUCAUGCUGUAUAAUUUUGCUAAUUUUGGAGCGAUUAAUUUUUCAGAACCUAUAUCAAUCUACGAACUUGCUCUACUUGGACUUAGUGAUCCCAGUGCUGGAUGGUCACAAGAAGAAGGCGAUAAAGAAAAAUUGGCAAUGGCUGCCAAAAACCUUUUACUGAAGAAAGCGAAUAUGCUUAAAGAAUAUUUUUCAAUUAAUAUCGAUAAAAACGGCAAUAUCAAAUCUUUACCAGUAAUAUUAGAAAACUACUUUCCCUCACCAGGAUAUUUUCCUAUAUAUAUUUUAAGGCUGUCAACCGAAUUAGAUUGGGUUAAUGAAAAGGCAUGUUUUUCUGGCAUAUGUCGAGAAACUGCGAGAUUUUACUCUGAAUUAGGUUCAGAAAAUGAUUCAUGGAAAUCUUUAACUGAACAUGCAUUGUACAGCACUAUUAAACAAAGUCUUUUACCGCCCUCAAGUUUUUUUGAUGAUUCAACAAUAGUAGAUGUAGUUGAUUUGCCUACUUUGUAUAAAGUCUUUGAGCGUUGUUAAAACGUAUUAAAUAAUCCAUGAGAAACCUACUUAUAUUGCUUUAUAAAGCAUUUAAAUAAAUAAAAAGGAUUAAUUAGUUGAUUAUUGCUGUUCCAUUGUAAUUGAAAUUAAUGUUUUAAAUACUUGUUAAAAUUUAGUAUUUUAUAUAACAAACGAGAUUUAACUCAAUACCUUAUAGUAAAGCAGAUUCGGACAUGUCAAAUAUUCUUAAAAUUAAUGAAUCUUAAUUUUUGUACGUGUACCCAAUAAUAAAAUCAGAUUGCUAAAGAAGAAAAUAGUUUUAGGUUUUUAAAACUGCAUUCCUAUAAUGUGUCGAUCUCUUUUUUGCACAUAACAAAUGUAAUUGUAUCAUAAAUAAAUAAAUAAAUAUACGUACUUGUAUUAUACGUGCUUGCGUGCGCUAAACUAAUAAGACGGAUAACUAAUCCGCGGAUAGUCGACCGUAUAUGUUCGUUGGUAAACUAUUGGCGAAAAAAAAAUAGCCAUCCGCAGCGAACUGCGAAGCACAAGUCGCAAGCCCGCCGCUAACAAGACAUCAUAUAACCUAUCAAAAAAUGGCAAGCAAGGUAGUAGCCAAUGUUGCUGCAACUUUUUCAAAAUUUGAAGCAGCAUUAGUAAAUAUCAUAUUACAAAAAUUGCAACCAGGUUUUUGUAUAACUGUUUUAAAUUCUGAUAGACAAUCCACAAAUUUCUCAAUCAAAAACAUUUGGGACAAUGGGUUUUUGUGGGCAGUGCCAAAGCACAGACGUUCGUUGGAAAAACGCUUGAAUCGAAAAUUUGGAUGGCCUAAAUAUAAUUGGAAGCCAUUAGUCCCAAAAACUAAUUUGUUGAUGUGCAGAGCUUGUGGACACUACCACGAAUCCUUCACAAUUUGUGGUCAUUGCUAUGAAAAAGUAAAAGCAGAAACUCUAGAAAUUCAGAAAGCCAUGGAUCAACAACUAAAACUCGAUCCUGUCAAAGAUGAUAUUGUUGUCCUGUAUGAAGGUGAAGUCCAUGAAUCAACUCAGUUCUGGAAGAAUCAGCGUAUAGUCGAAGUCCCAAAGAAAAGACCGUCUUGGUUUCAACAAAAUUUGCUUGAAUCAACAACACAAAAAUUAUCAGACAGCAAAGAAAUAAAACCCAAUGAUUUAGCAUAAAAUA